AACGAAAUGUGUCAGCAAGUCGAGAGAAGCUUUUUGUUGGGAAGGCCGAAGGCUUUCUUUGUUCUUUGUUGGGAGGCUGGGACCUUUUCCUUGUUCAACACUUCAGCUGGGCUCCGGCCUCCGAGUACAUGCUCUCGUGUCUUUCCUUCAGACGUUAAGAAUUUAUCGAUUUUGAAAUCUCUACAACUGUUUUCACUGAUAACCGCAUCCUUCGUAGGUUCGUAGAAGAUUAUUCUUCGUUUCUUAAUUUCAUCAUAAGGUGGUUAGGGUUUGAGAUCACGGCAUACUUCUUUCUGCUGAUGAAAUACUCGUCGUCUGAGAGAUACAGUGAAAUGGCCACGGCUACGCUUCUCCUGCUGUGCGCUUCUCUGCUAAUACCUUCAAUGGCCGAUGAGUUAUUCGACGUUCGUCGACAUUUGUCAACGGUUUCAAGAUAUGGUGCUGUAAAAGAUAUUGCUGACAAUGGAUUUGUAGCUUCAAGUAUUCCAGAUGGAUGUAGUGCAAUCCACCUAAACCUUGUGGCAAGGCAUGGAACUCGUUCUCCUACCAAGAAACGCAUGAGAGAGCUAGAAAGCCUGGCCAAUCAUAUGGAAGUUUUGCUAAGAGAUGCAAGAAAUGGAAAACAAGAAUCACUGCAGCAAAUCCCUGCUUGGUUAUGGGGAUGGCAAUCACCUUGGAAAGGAAAGCAGAAAGGUGGGGAAUUGAUAAGCAAAGGAGAGGAUGAACUCUACCAUCUUGGAAUUAGGACCAGAGAAAGAUUUCCAGAUUUGUUUAAUGAGGAAUAUCAUCCAGAUAUAUAUGUGAUAAAGGCAACUCAGGUUCCUCGGGCAUCAGCUAGUGCUGUGGCAUUUGGCAUUGGACUAUUUAAUGGGAGAGGAAGUCUUGGACCAGGGCGUCAUCGUGCUUUUUCUGUAACUACAGAGAGCCGUGCAAGUGAUAUAUUGCUUAGGUUUUAUGAUUGUUGUCAAAACUACAAGGAUUAUAGGGAAAGUCAGGAACCCAUGGUUAACAAGCUUAAGGAACCUAUUUUGGAUGAGAUCACUUCUGCAUUAGUGGAAAGAUAUCAGCUGAAUUUCACCAGACAGGAUAUUGCUUCCCUUUGGUUCCUAUGUAAGCAGGAAGCAUCUUUACUGGAUAUAGUGAAUCAAGCUUGUAGCCUUUUCAGCCCUUCUGAGGUAGCUUUGCUAGAGUGGACAGAUGAUUUAGAGGUGUUUAUACUGAAGGGUUAUGGUGAAUCAAUAAAUUAUCGCAUGGGAGUACCAUUGCUUCAAGAUGUUGUUCAAUCCAUGGAGCAAGCUAUUAAGGAUCAUGAAGAACACCGAGCUCCAGGCACCUAUGAGAAGGCAAGACUUCGGUUUGCACAUGCUGAGACUGUGGUGCCAUUCUCUUGUCUUCUUGGACUCUUUCUUGAAGGAUCUGAAUUUGAACAAAUACAAAGGGAGGAAGCUCUGCAACUACCACCAAAGCCUCCUCAGAAAAGAAGUUGGAGGGGCAGUAUAGUAGCACCUUUUACUGGGAACAAUAUGCUGGUAUUGUACAGCUGUCCGGCCAACAAUUCAAGCAAUUAUUUUGUACAAGUACUACAUAAUGAAGUUCCAGUUCCAAUGCCGGGUUGUUAUAACACCAAUUUCUGCCCAUUUGAAGUUUUCAAGGAAAGAGUUGUCAAUCCUCAUUUGAAGCAUGAUUAUCAUUUACUUUGCAACAGAAGGUCAGAAAAACAGGAGUCCAAGCCUGUCACUAGUAAGUUGGUGCAGUUGCUCCGUUGGCCUUUCUUUCAGGAGAGCGAAAUACAGUCUAAGAAACAUGAUGCUGAAGCUGCUGAACUUUAGUUUUUGUUUACAAAUGAUGGAAGGCUUUUACGUUCUUUUGUUUGUUGGUAAUGCUCUCCCAUUCGAUCAUUUUGAGUUUCAACUGAUCUUGUGCCCUCUUUGUAGGGAGCCUUAUGGGUUGAGAGUUGAGACCACUGCUCAAUUUGGAUGAGGUCUUGUGAUAACAAAUACAAGGUUACAUGCUAUAUCUUAAAGCUACUAGCAGCAUAAAGCAUGCAGUUUUGGAAGUUAAAGACUUCUUUGCAUUGACAAGAAGUGUAAAUCCAUGCUUUAUUCCAAGGAUUGUUGGUAUUGAUUUGGAUCCAGAUCGAGUGUGGUCAUACCCAGACCUCCAACAUUAGUUUGCUCCAAAACGUAUAAUUUAAACUCAGCCUGCUUGUUAUUUUAUUCCCAAUCCCCAAUAGAGUCUCGUUCA